UUCUCACUACUUCUCCCAACCCAUCCAAGAUUCCUUAGUCUGGGAGCAGCACAGGAGAGGAACCAGCCACUGAGGACUAUCUUAGGAACAGCAUGGAGAUCAAAUGGAGUGGCUGGGUGCUGCUGAUCCUUUCUGUGUGCCUGGGCUCCUACCAAGCUGGGGCCAGCCCCCUCCAUGAGUGCAGUGAGCGGCCGGAGGACUGGUGCCGCGAUGUGGUGACAGCAGCCAAGUGUGGGACGCUGCAGCUCUGCCAGAUCUCCGUCUGGGACAAGGCUGUGGGGCAGAAGGGAAUCCCAUGUCACCUGUGCCAGAUGGCAGUCUCUGUGGUAGGCAAGAUCCUGCAGGACAACCGCACUGAGGAAAAGCUGCGGCUCUUCUUGGAUAAGAAAUGCCAGUACCUGCCCUUCCAGGACUGGUCUGUGAAGUGCAAGAAGAUGGUGGACACCGGCAUCCUCAUCCUAGUCCAGCUGGGCAGGCAAGUGCUGGCAGACCCGAAGGUGGUGUGUGGGACCAUGAGGCUGUGCCAGCCCUGGGAGAGCCCCACAGGAGCCCUGAAGUUUCAGGAACCGCCACCAGCCCCUGCUGGCCCUGCUCAGGACUUUGCUGACCUGGUCACCCCCUUCAUCGCCAACGUGCCCCUCCUGCUCCAUCCCCAGGACCUGCCUCGUGGUGAGGCCCAGGAGAAGGAAGAUGUGUGUGAGGAAUGCCUGCAGCUGGUGGCCGCUGUGCAGCUGGAGCUGGGGACCAAUGCUGCCUUCACUCAGGCGCUGGUGGCCCGCACUGAGUGGGCAUGCGAGGGCCUGGCACCCAGCCUGGCACAGCAGUGCAAGCACUACCUGGCUGAGUACAUGGACACAGCCGUCCGGCUGCUCCAGUACAUGCUGGCUGAGGACCCCAUGGAGCUGUGUGGCCAGCUGGGACUCUGCUCCUCUUCUUCAGUGCUGCCCCUCCACACAUUGCUCACAGAGAAGAUGAUACAGGUCCUGAGCACGCUGUGGGACAGGGAGGGGACCACUCCGCUGUGUGAGAUGUGCCAAUUUGCUGUGAAGGCGGCUGAGAGCCUCCUGGAGAACAAUGUGACAGAGGAGCAGCUGGUGAAUGACAUCGAGAAGGUGUGCUACAUGCUGCCCCACAGCGUCAUCGGGCAGUGCAAAGACUUCGUUGACUCCUAUGGCAAAGCCGUGGUCAUCAUGCUGCUGGAGGCCACCGACCCGGCAGCUGUCUGCACCAUGCUGCGCUGCUGUCCCCGGAGCGAGGACACCCACCAUGGGCCUGCCACACUGGAGCAGCUGGCAGCAGGUGCAGGAGCGUUCUGCAACGUCUGCCAGAUCAUCAUCACGUCCUUCGACAACGAGCUGCUGAAGAACGAGACGCUGGCAGAGCUGGGUGACAUGCUGCAGAAGGGCUGCCAGCUGCUGCCCGCACCGCUCACUGGCACGUGCGAAGCGCUCGUGGUGCAGUACGAGCCGGAGGCUGUGCGGCUCUUCGUGCAGAUGAUGGACCCCCCCUUCGUCUGCACUAAAAUAAAAGCUUGUGACUCAUCUGAGGAGGAUCUCGGGGACUUAGACCUCUGUGCCUUGGGCCCGCAAUACUGGUGCAAGAACAUGGCCACAGCGAUAAAGUGCCAGGCUGUUGAGCACUGCCAGCGUCACCUAUGGAACUAGGAGUCACCUCCCCGGCUGGCUGUGCCUGCCCUGCUGUUUUGGUUCAGGAUCCCAGAUACCCUCCCUUGGGAUGUGCCUGCACCCAUGGAUGGCAAGGGCAGGAGCCCACCAGCCUGACCGUCCCAGCAGAGGCUGUGGGGUGACCCAGCCACUUCUGCCACUUCCUUUUCCAUCCAUGCGGUCUGGAUUUCUAAAUCAGGUUAAGGGACUCAUUGGUAUUUUCAGGACUGCGGAUUCAGCCUCGUUGUCUCUCAGAGUUGUUGUAAAAUCCCCAUCCCCACUUCUAUCCCCGUCCCCCUUGUAAGACCCAGAUCCUGCAGCGUGAACAAGCUGGGAUGGUUUUUGCUGCCCAAAUGCUAGCCAGUUCCAGGCAGCUGGCAGCCAGCAGCCUCACACCACAGGUCUUGUCAGCUUUUGGCAAGCCCAGCACUUCGCUGGUCCCUCUUCAAAUUGGCAUGGCUUUCUUUUACACCUGCCUUCCCCCUGUUGCCCUAUAAAGAAACACAGUGGAUUAAAUUUACAGAUGUAUAUACCUCAAGUAUUUCCUGAACAAAAAAUGAGUGAGUUUGGGAGCAAAGAGUCCCUUUCACCCACACACACAUUCUUGCUGGCGCCCCUGUGCUGACCCAGCUGUGGUAAGAGAGGGGCAGCGGGGCACUGGCUUGUCCCUCCCUGCUGCAGGAGGGAGAUGCCCGCAGUGCCCAGUCCUGAGCGUGCACGGGAGCACCGCACUGAAAAUAAACUCUUCCCGUGAGCGCA